CAAAACCCCAAAAUAAUUUGCAAUUCUCAGCUCCACUCUUACAAAUCGUAUACCACAAAGUCAGUAAAAAUAGAGUCAGAUCGGAAAAGGAAGUUGAAGACAUCGAUCUCUUCAACAGAUCGACCACCAGAUAAGCACAAGAAAAAGUCCAAAAUGUCCUCCUCAUCUGAAAAAGUGAAGGCAUCACACAUACUCAUUAAGCAUCAAGGUUCUCGUCGUAAGGCAUCGUGGAAGGAUCCAGAAGGUCGUGUUAUUUCCAACACCACUAAAGAUGCUGCUAUAUCUCAACUGAAAUCUCUACGUGAAGAUAUUGUGUCUGGUAAAGCUAAGUUUGAGGAUGUAGCCAAGAGUUAUUCUCAUUGUAAUUCUGCCAAACGUGGUGGUGAUUUGGGUCCAUUUGGCAAAGGUCAGAUGCAGAAACCUUUUGAAGAGGCAACUUAUGCUCUAAAAGUUGGCGAGAUAAGUGACAUCGUGGAAACCGACAGUGGUGUUCAUAUCAUCUUGAGAACGGUGUAAUUGUGAAUGUAAUUGCAGAAGAAUGAUUUAGCUGGGUGGUGCAAUAGGCAGCCAUAAAAUGUUGCCACUAUAAUACUUAAUCGAUCAUUAUUGACUAUUAGAAGAUUGCACAAAGAAUUUUUUUUCUUAGGCCCUUCUGUUCCCAGAGGUUGGGGGUGAAGAAUUAAGAAAAAGAGGAGACUUUCUUUGGUUAUUUGGUUGUCUUUCAGUUGGUAUUUUUUGGGCAUUUUUUAUAUUUGCCAGAAACCUUUUGACCUAAUUUUGUGUGUUCAUGCA